UUGCUAAAGAGGAUUGAAAAACCGUUGCUCAUAACUAACUUCCUGCAGCGAAUCUUGAUACGAUCUUAAAUAUUACAAAACUCAACGUAAAUUUCAGUUUACUCCAAAAGAAAAAUCAAGAAACCACAGCAAACUCUCUCAUUUUUCUUUCUGUUCUUAAAAAAGAGGAAAAUAAAAUGGAUAAUGAUAGCAAGCAAUUAACUUCUCAGGAGAGACUCGAAGUAGGGAAAUCGUCAGCAACGGAAACUCGGUCUGAUGAUAAAAACUCAACUACAGGGGAAGAUGUUGAUAAGAAUAGUUGUGUGAAAGCGGAUCACGGAGCUGACAUUCUUGCCGGCGCCGGUGAGGAAAAUGACCAUACGGGAGAGUUGAAUGAAGUACAGGAUGAAAACGGCGGUGCCGGUGAUAACGGUGACGGUAACGGUGGUGCAAGUAAUAAUUUGGGUGACGGUGGUGCUGGUGAUAACGGUAACAGCGAAGGUGAUGUUAACGGUAACGGCGAAGGUGAUGCUGAUCAUAAUUUGGGCAACGGUGGUGAUGGUGAUAACGGUAACGAUGGUGAUGGUGAUAAUUUUGGUAACGGUGGUGAUGAUGGUAACGGGAACGGGAACGAAAAUGGCGACGGUGGUGAUGAACGUUUGGCUGUACAAAUAAUAAAUUUAUGCGUAGCGGUUGUGCUAACGGUAACGCUACUGGUAACGGCGGUGCUGUUAAUAGCUUGGCUGGACGGGCACAAUCCGUAUAAAUAUGAUUUAUAGUUGACCCGUGAGGCAGUCAUCAGUUUAGUUUAGGCUUAUGGCAGGUUGCUAAUUGUGGUGACUCUUUAGCACAAUUAGCAACCUGAGGCCCAAUUCAAAAAUCAGAACAUCUUCAUCCAAUAAGCAAAUAAA